AUGUCGUCCAACGCCACAAGUACGACCGGUCCGCCGGCGACGAUUCUACACCUCAACCCCGGCACCGGCGCCGGGGACAACCAGCACGACGCCUUCGCCACCAACAACCUCAACACCCUCGACAACCUCACCCCCUCCUCCUCCAUCAUCAAGCACGCCUACUACAAGUACUACCUUGCCCCCUCCCACGACUACUCCUCCACCUCCUCCAACAUCAAACACCACGCCGACUACAUCAGCACCACCACCCCCACAGAGUUCCUCCAACCCACCCUCUCUGACAACGGAGACGACGGUGACCACUCCUACUGGUGGCGGCCCACCGACUACCAUGGCAGUUCAAGCUCGCAAAAUGCUACCGUCAUUGCCAUUGCGACAGUGGUUCCUAUAGUUGUCGUUGCCAUCCUUGUGCUAGGUGGCCUCUUCUUCUGGAGGAAGAGAAAGCAACGGAAGGCAGCCGAGGAAGAGCGGCGCAAGGAAGUCGAGGAGUAUGGAUUUAACCCUAACGCCGAUGGGCCAACAGCACCCGAUGUGAGCACAGUCGGUGGCGGCGCAUAUGAGGACGCCUCAUCUGGCUACCGUGGCUGGGGCUCUACUACUCUGGCUGGCUCGACUGGCCGCAAAGCCUCGACGACCAUGUCUGGUGGUGCUGCUCCAGUUGCCUACUCGGAUGGCACCGCGGCCUCGCCCACUCAAGGAAACGUGUCGGACGCGCGCUCCGCAGAGCCCCUGAUGCACGGUCGCGAUGGCGCCGUCUCGCCUGAGGGCGAGAUACUGGGCGCCAUGGGUCCGUCGACUUCAGGCAACCGUGGCGGCGACAUGCGCCGAGGCCCGUCCAACGCAUCCUCAUCCUACAGCGCGGCCGCACGAUCUGACGGCUCCGGCGAGGGCAUCGGCAUGGCCUACGGCGGAGACGCGCGGUACUACGACGGCUACGGCAAUGGUCCUUACGCAGAUGCGUACGGAGCCGUGCCGCCUCGUGGUGGCGAGAAUGGCGGCGCCAGCUCUCCCGUCAUCAAGGACAACCCAGCACGCCGCAACACCCGCAUAGAGAACUCGGGACACUACCCACAGCAGGCCGGCAUCUCGCAAAACUUCUAG